GUUUAGUUUAUAAUAAUACAUUUCCGAUAGUUGAUAGAUUGGUAUUAUCUACCUCUUGGUAUAAAUUUAUAAUAAAUUUCCUUGUAAACUUGUGUGAUAGCAUCCUAGAAGAGGGGACUAUUUUUUGAAGCGGUUGUUUACUACGUUAAUCGUUGGCGAAAAGAAGCAGGUUAGGUUGGUGAGUGUCGAAGAACACAAGAUGAUUCGUAGGUCACCAUGAAAAAGGAAUGUUUCAUCCAGCGACAAUUGAUUCACUCUUGGCAAACAUAAUAGAUUUUUCUCCUUGUUUAGAAUAUUCAAGUGUCGGCAAAUAUUGACAUUGUAACCGACGAAUUCCUUUUAAAAGCGUAAACCACGGAAAGGAAACAAGACAGCACUAUAUCUCACUCGAACACAAACACAUUUUAUCCUUUAUCUGGAAUUAUUUUACAUAUUACAUAUUCCUAAAAAUUGCUAACUCUUUUUCUCAAACAGCAUUCUUUGAAUGGAAAAAACAUUUUUCAUCAAGUCUUUUUGCAUGACUUGAGUAUUUAAACAUAUACACAUCCAUAAAAAUAUUACACCUUUAAUGUAUGUAUAUACAUGUAUAACAAAUAGACAUAAUACAUUUGUUUCUUAAAGAUAUUAAAGGUGAUCGCGAUUUGGUUCAAUUUUUAUACUCUCUGCAGCCUUAUUUUGCUGAUAAUUUCAUUAAAUAUCUGUUUUGACUUGCAACUUUAAGGACAUUCGCGAUGAGUGGCGGUUUAAGAACCCAUAAGAGAGACACGAAGAUGCGCAUUAGGGCCUUUCCUAUGACAAUGGAUGAGAAGUAUGUUAAUAGUAUUUGGACAUUGUUACGAAAUGCUAUACAGGAAAUACAGAAAAAAAACAACAGUGGACUUAGUUUUGAAGAACUUUAUCGUAAUGCUUAUACAAUGGUGUUACACAAACAUGGAGAAAAACUCUAUACAGGUCUACGUGAGGUAGUAACUGAACAUUUAAUUAAUAAGGUAGGAUUGAUUACUAAUUCUGUUUUGGAUACUCAUUUGAGUGCUGUUAGAAAUGCUUGUCAGAUGAUUAUGGUCCUUGGUAUUGAGUCUCGGUCAGUAUAUGAAGAAGACUUUGAAAUACCAUUCCUUGAUCAGUCAGCUGAAUUUUAUAAACUGGAGAGUCAAAAGUUUUUGGCUGAAAAUAGUGCAUCUGUAUAUAUUAAAAAAGUAGAGGCUCGAAUUAAUGAGGAAGCAGAAAGAGCAACUCAUUAUUUAGAUAAAUCAACAGAAGAACCUAUUGUAAAAGUACUUGAAGAAGAACUUAUAAGAAAACACAUGAAGACAAUUGUAGAGAUGGAAAAUUCUGGUGUUGUGCACAUGUUAAAAAAUAAUAAAACUGAUGAUUUGGCCUGUAUGUAUAAACUAUUUAUAAGAGUUCCAGAGGGUUUGAAAACAAUGUGUGAUUGUAGCAGUGCCUAUUUGAGAGAACAAGGCAAAGCACUUGUCUCAGAAGAAGGGGAAGAUGGGAAAAACGCAAUAUCCUAUAUUCAAAGCCUCUUGGACCUUAAGGAUAGAUUUGAUCACUUUCUGCACGAGUCUUUCAAUGACGACAAACAGUUUAAACAAGUUAUAUCUGGAGAUUUUGAAUAUUUCAUUAAUUUGAAUACAAGAUCUCCUGAAUAUCUCUCUCUGUUUAUUGAUGAUAAAUUGAAAAAAGGUGUUAAAGGGAUGUCUGAACAAGAAAUAGAAAACGUACUUGAUAAAAGCAUGGUCCUCUUCCGGUUCUUACAAGAGAAAGAUGUAUUUGAAAGAUAUUAUAAACAACAUUUAGCAAAGCGAUUGCUGCUAAAUAAAAGUGUCUCUGAUGAUUCAGAAAAAAAUAUGAUCUCCAAACUGAAGACGGAAUGUGGUUGCCAGUUCACUUCUAAAUUAGAAGGAAUGUUUAAAGAUAUGACAGUCUCUAACAGUACAAUGGAAGAAUUUAAAAGUUUUUUGCAACAGUCAGGUGCCAGUUUAUUUGGUGUUGACCUGUUUGUUCGAGUCCUUACCACUGGAUUUUGGCCCACACAGUCUGCACCACCAAGAUGUAAUAUCCCACAAGCUCCCAGAUCAGCCUUUGAAACUUUUAGACGAUUUUAUCUUGCUAAACACAGUGGCAGACAGUUAACACUACAACCACAACUUGGUUCAGCUGAUUUGCAUGCUUGUUUCUAUGGUCCACGUAAAGAAGAAAGUAGUGAUGGUGCUAGUGCCAGUUCAUCAAAAGGGCCUCGUAAACACAUUAUUCAAGUAUCAUCAUUCCAGAUGUGUGUCUUAAUGCUAUUCAAUACCCAUGGGAAAAUGACCUAUGAGGAUAUAAAAAGUGAAACAGAUAUUCCAGAAAAAGACCUACUCCGAGCCAUCCAAUCUCUUGCUGUUGGUAAGAUAGCCCAACGAGUCCUUCAUAAAGAUCCAAAGACUAAAGAAAUUGAACCAGAUCAUAUCUUUACUGUUAAUGACCAGUUUACAUCUAAACUUUUUAGAGUUAAAAUACAAACAGUGGCCGGCAAUAAAGGAGAGGCUGAACCAGAGCGUAAAGAGACUCGGAAUAAAGUUGAUGAAGACCGAAAACAUGAGAUUGAAGCUGCAAUUGUCAGGAUCAUGAAAGCCAGAAAAAAGCUACAACAUAAUGUAUUAGUUGCAGAGGUUAGUUGUUUGAUUACUAAAUAUAUUUUUUAUAACAAUAAUAUACACAUGUAAUUUUAUGAAUCUAUA